UGAUGUAGCGUAGUGUAGAGCGGUGCGCUCCCGGUAAAUAGUGCACGCUGCGCGGCAGUCUAGCUGAAGAUGGUAGCGGUGUACACCUCCGCCCAGUCAGUCGCAUCCAGCGAGUGGAUCGUCUGCCUUGAUAAGAGGCCAGGAGAGCGCUCUGGGGAGGAUGUGGACAUAAUUUUGGCUAGGCUGAAGGUAGUGAAGGCCUUCGAGAAGUUCCACCCCAGCCUCCUUCAGCAAAUCUGCUUGUGUGGCUUCUAUGAAUAUCUGGAGAAAGGAAUCACCUUGUAUCGGCAAGGAGAUAUUGGAACAAGCUGGUACGCUGUUCUGUCUGGCUCACUCGAUGUGAAGGUGUCUGAAACAGCCAAUUAUCAGGAUGCAGUAACUAUCUGUACACUGGGAAUAGGGACAGCGUUUGGAGAGUCUAUCCUGGACAACACCCCACGACAUGCCACCAUCGUCAGCCGAGAGAACAGUGAGCUCCUGCGCAUUGAACAGCGGGAGUUCAAGACCCUGUGGGAGAAAUACAGGCAGUGCAUGGCAGGACUUCUCGCCCCUCCCUAUGGGGUGAUGGAGAGCGGAGCUAGCAAUGACCGAAUGCCAGACAAGGACAGUCUCAGAUCAGAUUCAGAUGCGCUGAAUUUCCUGUCAAAAAACCAUAACAAGGUCCCAUCAGAGAAGCUUUUAAGAGCAGGGAAGAUCUUACGUAAUGCUAUUCUAGCGAGAGCCCCACACAUGAUCAGAGACAGAAAGUACCAUCUAAAAACAUACAGGCAGUGCUGCGUGGGCACUGAACUGGUUGAUUGGCAGCUACAGCAGAGUUCAUGUGUUCACAGUCGAGCCCAUGCUGUUGGCAUGUGGCAGGCGUUACUGGAGGAGGGGAUUCUUAACCAUGUGGACCAGGAGCUUAACUUCCAGGACAAGUACCUGUUCUACCGUUUCCUUGACGAUGAGGAUGAGGAGGCAGUGUUGCCCAGUGAAGAUGAAAAGAGAGAAGCAGAGGAAGAGCUGCAGGAGACACUGCUCUUCCUCUCUCAGAUCGGUCCAGACUCACACAUGCGCAUGAUCCUCAGAAAGCCGCCGGGACAGAGGACCCCUGAAGAUCUGGAGAUUAUUUAUGAUGAACUGCUGCAUAUUAAAGCUCUCGCCCACCUCUCUAAUACUGUGAAGAGAGAGCUUGCUGGCGUCCUCAUUUUUGAGUCACAUGCCAAAGCUGGCACAGUCUUGUUUAAUCAGGGUGAAGAAGGCACCUCCUGGUACAUCGUCCAGAAGGGCUCGGUAAAUGUUGUCAUCUAUGGCAAGGGGGUGGUUUGCACCCUGCAUGAAGGUGAUGACUUCGGUAAAUUAGCGCUGGUCAAUGACGCUCCUCGCGCUGCCUCCAUCGUACUGAGAGAGGACAACUGCCACUUCCUGCGAGUGGAUAAAGAAGACUUUAACCGCAUACUCAGGGAUGUGGAGGCAAACACUGUACGCCUUAAGGAACAUGAUAAAGAUGUCUUGGUGCUUCAGAAGAGUCUCCGCCCCUCCAGCCACGGAAAUGUUCCUGCACACUUCAAGUACACUGUGAUGGCAGGGACCCCAGAGAAGAUUCUAGAACAUUUGCUGGAGACAAUGCGUCUGGACAUUAAUUUUGCUGACCCAGAUCCUGCUCUGGAUGAUUUUGUUCUCAUGCACUGUGUCUUCAUGCCCAACAGCCAGCUGUGUCCAGCUCUUCUGGCUCACUACCAUUCUCAGGCAUCUCAGGGUUCAGAACAAGAGCGCAUGGAGUACGCUGUGGCCAGUAAAAGACGUGUACUGAGCCUGGCUCUGCGGUGGGCAUCCCUGCAAGCCCACCAUCUACUGGAGGAUGACACUUCACUCAGCUUUCUGGAGGAGCUGUAUGGGUUUGUAUCGAAUGACGUCAGAGUUUUACGUCCACUGAAAGAACUGGUUCCAGAACUGGAGAAAAUCAUCAGACAGUACCCUGAUGAUGCUCGGACUUCACAGAAAAAGCACAAAGUCCUUCUCCGACAGUUCAGCUCUGGAGAAGAGAGGCUGGCAAAGAAACAGCCAAUGAGGAGCUUUGAUGACAUACUCCUGAAAGUCUACUGUGCUGAUCACACCUACACCACCAUCCGAGUUCCUGUUCUGGCAACCGGGAGAGAGGUGACAGCAGCCGUGGCUGAGAAACUAGGAUCCACUGAGGAGCUGCUUCUGAUCAGCCUUAGUGCUUCUGCAGAAAAGCAGAUUUUGAAGCCCAAUGAUGUGUCAGUGUUCCAGUCACUGGGAGUGAAUGGACGGAUGUUUGUCUGUACGAGAGAACAGCUCGACUCACUGGCUCCUCUUCCAGAGCAAGAAGGUCCUUCCACAGGUUCUAUGUCCAGUUUUGAACUGAUGAGUUCUAAAGACCUGGCCUUUCAGAUGACCCAGUAUGACUGGGAGCUCUUCAGCUGUGUGCACGAGUAUGAACUGGUAUAUCACACGUUUGGGCGGCAGGCAUACCGUCGCUCCACAGCCAACCUGGAGCUGUUCCUGCGGCGCUUUAACCAGGUGCAGCUCUGGGUAGUGACUGAGGUCAGCCUGUGCGGCACACUCAGCAAACGGGUGCAGCUGCUGAAGAAGUUUAUAAAGAUCGCUGCUCACUGCAGAGAGUUCAGGAACCUCAACUCCUUCUUCGCCAUUAUUAUGGGCAUGUGCAAUCCAGCCGUCAGCCGACUCACUCAGACAUGGGAGAAGCUACCUAGUAAAUUUAAGAAGUUCUACGCUGAGUUCGAGAGUUUACUGGAUCCAUCCAGGAACCACCGCGUGUACCGCCUCACUGUGGCUAAGAUGGAACCCCCAAUCAUUCCCUUUAUGCCCCUCCUCAUUAAAGACAUGACUUUCACUCAUGAGGGCAACAAGACGUUUGUUGAUGGACUGGUGAAUUUUGAAAAAAUGCGUUUGAUUGCUAACACGAUCCGGGCAGUGAGACACUGCAGGAGUCAACCCUUCAAUGUUGAGGCGUCUCCUGCCAGUAAGAAUCCACAGGAAGUGCGGAACUACGUGCGUCAGCUCUCUGUGAUUGACAACCAGAGGACCCUAUCACAACUCUCCUUCAGACUGGAACCAAGACGGACCUAAGAGCCUCAGCUUUUACUCGUCUCUGUCUUCUGCUCUCUUUGAUCUUUAUUUUUUUAUUCAUUCUUUCUUUUUUCUUCAUUCUAUUUUCUCUCUCUCUCUCUCUCUCUCUCUCUCUCUCUCUCUACAAUUUCCUCUUCUUGCUCUGACACACAUAAACACAUUUGUAGCCAGGAGUGGGUACAGUACUACAUUAGAGCAAAAGUAUUGGAUGUUAUUUUGAAUAUUGUUGCUGUGACACAAAAACACAACUGUGACUAAGGCUACGUUCACACAGCAGGUAAAAGUGGCCCAAAUCUGAUCUUUUACAUCAAAUGUGAUCCAGAUCUUUUGUGUGUGUGGCUGUGUAAACAGUAAAAAACACGUGAGAUGGAAAAAAACAAUGUGGGAUACGUGCAUAUCCAGUUUGCGGCAAUACGACUCUGUCUGAACCUCUAGAUCAGAAUUCAUGCAACUUUUCAUCAAAAGGAAAAUAGACCAAGAGGAGAAUGGAAAGUUAGUGUGAGUAUAAGGGAAAAUGGACAGCAGCUGUGAGUGAGGGUUUCAGUGGUGGAAAAAUGAAAUAAUAGACCUCAUAUAUAUUUGUACUGAUGUGUAUCUUCUGUGCUUUUGAGAUUCUGCCAAGGAUUAAAGUGAAACUUAACGUGAAGCAUUGCUCUGUUAAGCAUGCAUGCCACUUACAAAGUGCGAACCAUUUAGACAGAUAUCAGGUAUUGGUCACUAAUUUCGGAUUUGGGCCACUUUUACCUGCUGUGUGAACGUAGCCAAAAUGUUAAAUAGCAGAUAAAAAAUACUGAAAUACUAUCGGCAUAGAAGUAAAUGUUAUUUUAGAACUGUUUAUUCUUUUGGAAAUACAUUUGGUCUAAUAAAAAUCGAAACCUAGACAAGGAUCAAAGCAGCAGCCCAAGUAAAUAUUAUUAUGUUAAAAGUGACAGAAAAAUCUGAUUAAUUUUGAGGUAAACUCAUUUCCUCGUUAAUAUACACAAUAAAAGUAAAAGUAUUAUCUGAAAACCCAUCAAUUUUUUUAAUGGGAUUAGUUACUAUCACCUCUAUCUUUAGCUUGCCUACAGUAUCCACUAUUAAUAAAGCCAAAAUACAACAAUAUAAACAAUAUAACCUGUUGAAUAGUUAUGUGUGUGGAACCACUGCCAACUGAUCUGUAAGCAUCUCCAUGUUUGUAUUAUAUGGACAUUCAUUUCUGUGUCCAGGGUUAUGUUUUAAAGUGUGUGCAUGCUGGGGGAGGGGUGUGUGUGUGUGGGGGGGUGUAUUUACUUCCUGCUAAUGUUUACUGCCAAUAAUAUCCGGGAUUGAAGAGUAACCUCAUCCGCUGGCAUUCUCUGAGCUGAUAUUCAGUUUCGAUUGAUGCACGGUUUAGUUUAUGUUUGUGUGUCAGUGUGAGUGUAUCCUUAGAUACAACAUAAAGUGUGGUGAGAUAAUCUGAGGCUGCCCCAUACUUUACACAGGGAGUAAAGUGAUUCCUUAUUAUACAGUCUUAUAAGUUUGGGCACUUUUGGCAAAAUGACUUUGUUUGUAAGAUUAUGUUGCUUGUUGUAGGAGGUACUAAAACAGUCUUUGUAGCUAAUCAAACAAAAAAAUCACCGACUAACUGAGUAAAGCUGAAGAAAGCUGCACUGUCCUGUGGGAUAAGUCGAUGGGGUCUUCUGUAAUUAAUUUGGCUGUCGCAGGUCUGUUCACAAGGACACUUCUAGCCAGAUGCUGACAGUCACAAUCAUUACCACCCACUAUCAUUAUGCACAUUAUGUUUUCAUGACAUAAAAAUGUAAAACAAAAAAAAAACCAUCAAUGUCAGGACUUAGUAACAAUGAAUUCAUAAAGUCUGUAGAUUUAAUACAGCUAAAGGAUCCUUAUUACAGUCUAAGGCCCUAUCCGGACGGGAUUAGUUUUUUUAGGGGGUCCUUUUAUUCGUUUAUUUUAUUCAUGUAUGUGUUUUUCUCAGACAUCCUCUGAGACAAUAACAGGCUGAAUUAUCUUCUAUUUUUCUCUGAACUCCAUGGUCCUCCAGUAAUUUUAGUCCUGUCUGGACUCACAUCUCUGAGUUUCGUCUCCUCGCGUUUAAUAAAAUAGCUAUUUGUCCACUGCCGUGCACCGUAAAUACACUUUGGGCGCACGUUUCCAUGGAGAUCCACGUUAAAAACACAACAGCAAGUGGAAAUGGAGGAGCUACUGAACUCCAUGAGGUCAUGUGACCGAGAAAGAAAAAAAAACUCACUGCUCACUGUGUGAAAUAUUUUUCGCAGGCGUCCCCCUGAGAAACUAAUCCCGUCCAGAUAGGGCUUAAAGUGUAUUAAUAAUUAGUCACAUUGAUGAUUUUUAUUAUUUUUAUGUUAUAAAAGAAGAACAGAUUUAGGCUUUGCUGAUUAUAUUAGGUUUCCUGUUUAAUUAUCUGCAAAAUUUGUGUUAACCUCGUCUAAAAAAAAAACUCAAAAACAUCAUGUCAUCAGGCCAAGAGUGUCCAAACUUUUGUAAAGUUUUUAAUCAUCAUACUUUUAUCAUAUUCUCUGUACUUAACCUUCCAUCUGUAUGUAAUGGUUAUGAAAUGUUUCUGAAGGUCUUUAAACACUACUCUAACACUACACACUAGUGAUGCUCUGUUACAUCUCACAGGUCUCCUGAUCUCAUCUUCUCAUAUUAGAAGCCUUUUACAGUGAACUACAUCAAUACUUUUGCUCAAGGACUAUUUUUUAUUGCUGGUAUUAUGUGCUAGUGACUUACCUCUUGCCAUAGCCUGUAGCAUUAUUGAUGUUUUUUUUUGUAUAUUCUGACAUAUUUGUAUAUUUUUUGGUUGACAUGAUUUUGUUAAUUUAUUUUAAUGAACCUCAGAAUGCCUUGUUUUCAUCCUGCCUAGGGGAAAGCAUCUCUUAGAAGCUGUAGGGUUCUUAGUCUGUUGGAAUAUGUCUUACCCUGUAGUAUAAUCUAUAUAAAUGUACUGCUCAACAUUUUCUAUCUGAUUGCAAUCAUUUGGAUCAUGAAAAUAUGAUUAAUGAGAUUAUAAUGAAAUGUGAAUUGUGAAUUACAA